AUGUCGCAGCGCGGUGUCGCGCAGAUGCCUUGGGAUCCCAAACCUGCCCCACCUCCGCCUCAACAGCCACCACCACAGCAGCAGGCACAUCAACCUGCUCCAGCACCUGUGCCUGUACAGAAUGGCGCUCCUACCCAACACCAGACUCAUCAAAGCGCACACCCCGUACCGCAGCCUAAGAUCGAGCCUGGAACGGCCUCACAGCCCAUGCACGGCUACUCAGCUGGUCAAGGUUACCCCCAGCAGGUCAACAACCAGAUGAUGGCCCAACAACGCGCAGCAUCCCUUCUCCAGCAGCAAUUUGGUCAGCAAGCUAGCGCUUCACUCAAUGCCAUGCAACAGAGAGGUAUCGCUCUUCCUGGAGGUGCUCCCAAUCCUCACCCCCAGCAGCAGCAGCCACAACAACAGUCGCAACAGCAGCCAAGACCACAGGGACUCCAACUACCCGGACAACACGGACAGGCUGGACAGGCCAAUGGUCAGCCAGGACAAGUUCAACAGCAACGCCAGAUGCAAGCCCAAUACGCUCAACAGAUGCGUCAACAGACAGCCCACCAACAGCCUCAGAUCAAGACGGAAGGCAAUGGCCAAUACCCUCAACAGCAUGUGAACUACUCUCAAACGGACGGUGCAGAUGAGGCCGCGCUCGAUGAGUGGAACAGAUACAUGACUGAACGACGCAAACUCAGCUCUGCUCAAGUAAACAACAACGAUCGCCUGAUGAGACGUCAGAUUGAAGACCUUCAGCAGAGAUUUGAGAAUGGACUGCUACUUCCCAUGGACAACCAGGAACAGACACGUCACAGAAAGCGCGUAUCUGCACGUAGAGUUGGCGCAAACGCAACAUCACGCUUGGGCAGCAUUCCACAAUUAGAUGGCGAAGACGAAGAAGACGAGGAUGCGAUCAACUCGGACCUUGACUCGUCGAGUGACGAGGCUGGCAACAAUGCCGACGAAGAGGACGAGGAGAUUGACCAUGUUCUCUGCACUUACGACAAGGUGCAACGCGUCAAGAACAAGUGGAAGUGUACUCUCAAGGACGGUAUCAUGUCGGCCAACGGCAAGGAGUACCUGUUCCACAAGGCUCAGGGAGAGUUCGAGUGGUAG